AUGGUCAACCCCACCAUGUUCUUCGACAUCGCCGUCGACGGCGAGCCCUUGGGCCGCGUCUCUUUCGAGCCACUUGCAAACAAAGUUCCAAAGACAGCAGAAAACUUUCGUGCCCUGAGCACUGGGGAGAAAGGAUUUGGUUAUAAGGGUUCCUGCUGUCACAGAAUUAUUCCAGGAUUUAUGUGCCAGGGUGGUGACUUUACACGCCAUAACGGCACAGGUGGCAAGUCCAUCUAUGGGGAGAAGUUUGAUGAUGAGACUUUCAUCCUGAAGCAUACAGGUCCUGGCAUCCUGUCCAUGGCAAAUGCUGGACCCAACACAAACGGUUCUCAGUUUUUCAUCUGCACGGCUAAGACUGAGUGGUUGGAUGGCAAGCAUGUGGUCUUCGGCAGGGUGAAAGAUGGCAUGAAUAUUGUGGAAGCCAUGGAGCACUUUGGGUCCAGAAAUGGCAAGACGAGCAGGAAGAUUACCAUUGCUGACUGUGGACAAUUCUGAUGCAUUUGACUGGUUUUAUCUUAACCAGACCAUUCCUUCUGUAGUCAGGAGAGCACCCCUGCCCCAUCUGCUCGGAACACAAUCUUUG